UGUUGAGCGCCUCGCACCGCAGAACUCCUAUCAAUAGAUAGGACACCAGCCCCGUACCGCGCAACGGAUAAAGACACUCAAACUGUAACACCCCACACAUCAUCGCAUCGAAAUGGUCAAGUUUUUAAGUCCCCUGGCGCUAUCGCUGGCCGCCUCUGCCGCUGCAGCGGCCGCUUACGCCGCUCACUUCCGUUUCCUCCCACAGUUGACCAAGCCGACCCCCUCCUCGCCUGCCAAUAUGGCUCCGCGCACGUCGCACCAGCGCAACAUCGAUGAGAUCAACCGUCUAGACGGCUACGACGUUGUGAUCGUGUGCACGUCCACUCCGCACCAGGCGCAGUACUGGCAGGAUCGUCUAACAGCAACACGUGGCUCCAUCUCGCCUAAGGACGCGAAGGUGAUCGCCGUGUUCGAGGACUGGGAGGGUGGUGCUGGCAAUGGUCUCGGCACGCUUUACGCAUACACGAAGGCUGUGGCGGCUGGCAAGGAGCUCUACGGCAUCGACAUUCCCGCACUUCUCGCUGCUGGUAGCAUCAGUGUCGCACUGUAUCACACUGCCGGUAAGGGUACGCGUCUUGCACCUCUGCCUGGCAGUGAGAACAACAACAAGUCUGGCGUCAAGCUGCCUGCCAUGGUAGAGGUUAAGGACAAGUUUGUUCCCAUGACAAUCCUCGAGGCCGUAGUCAAGCAGACGGGCGUGUACGCCUCCAGCCGUCGUGGACGACUGUCGGUUUUCUGGGGAGAUCAGGUGUUCAUCCCGUCGGCUGAGGUCAAGUACGAGGCCAAGCACCACGUCGAUAUUCUGGCUGCUCUUGCUCCAAUGCCAUCGGAGAAGGAGUGGAAGGAGAAGGGACUUGAGAAGUACGGUCUCAUUGUAGUCAACCAGCAAGACAACGCUGCUCAAGUGGACAAGGUGACUCACGAGACGGCUAUCCGUCUGUUGUCUUCUUUCGGUGAGAUGAAGUCCGUUGGCACCAGUCUGGGAUCCUUCAGUGUGGACGCCGACAUGCUUCGUGCAUUAUUGAGUGAGUUUGCCAAGGAACUGGCCGCUAAGAGUGGCAAACUGGACAGUGACCCACACUUCUGGAUGCCGUUGACGCUCGAACUUAACGCGUACACGGAGGUGAUGGCUCAGAAGGGUGUGGAUAAGGCCGAGUCGACCGCUCACUACCAACGUAUGCAGCAGAUGAUGCGCAACUUUGAGGAGACACGAACGAAGGAGCUCGGACUCUUUGGCUGCGUAGACGUCGGCAGUGACGUGUACUGGUGGGACUACGGCCAGCUGAAGCUGUACUUGAAGAACAACCGUCUGGUGACUAAGCCUGGUGUGGAGGCGGAUUGCUUGCGGUCGUUCCUGGGUAUCAGCAACAGCAUGGAGCACAGCCAGAUCGGCGAGAGUGCGAUCAUUAAGGAGGCCACAGUGUUGAACAGCGAGAUUGGUCACGGUGACAUCAAGCGCAGUGUUCUAAGCGGGGUCUUUGCAAAGGAAGUGAACGCGGAUGGCUCGAUCCUUAUCAAUGUGACUGCACGCUCGAUCACAGCGCCUAACUGCGUGGUGUACAACGUCACGUCGGACGAAGCCGAGGGUUUGUGCCUGGAGGAAGGAAGUGUGGUCGUUGGUGUGCUGCUGCCCGAUGGCAAGAAGGUCGUGAUGCGUUCGAGCAUGGACGUGUGCGGCGGCAAGGCGUGGAAGACUGUGCUGGAGGAGAACCAACACUCUUUCGAGAAUAUCUAUGAACUCAAUGCGGAUGCCAAUGUGUCGAAGCUUGAGAAGCUGAUCCAGGAUGAACACGUCAAGAUGCGCGAGAUGGUCUUGUCCUCCUAAUCGACAUGCAAUCCUCAGCUAGUACAACGUAGAAAAUCAUCCCACCGGUUGCCGGUAGAAACACCUAAAUACAUUCGAUUCAUUCCAACAUUUAGA